AUGGCGCCCCGUAAAGAUGGCGACGUUGUUUUCUCUUUUAAUGCAAAAUACAUCUCUUGGGGCCAUACUCUCGUUGCAUAUACUGCGUUCUUCAGUGCGCUGAUUGUUGGAUGCUCGCUCCAUUAUCACAAAAUUGUACAAAAUGAGUGGUUUGGAUAUCCCGAUGAAUGGUUUCCCUCCGUCUCCUCCACCAUUGGCGACCGAUAUCCCGAACGUUCCUUCUUCAUGCUAUUCAUUGCCAUAACAUCCGGUCCAAGAUUCGCUCUCGUUACCCUUUUCUAUCUGCUCACGCGAAAACCGAAUUCAAGUCUGCCGGGAAUUGUCGCAGCCACAGGAAUCUUCAGAACGUUGACUUGUGGAGGCUGGACAUAUGUCACAUCCACCGACGAUCAUGGUUGGCAUGACAUCUUCAUGAUCUCCUAUAUCGUUGCAACGCUGCCCUGGACUCUAGGCUGUCUUGCACUAAGUCCUCCCAAUCCUCAAGCGAUCAAGUAUCGAAAAAUACUCGCCGGCUCCUUCUUCGGCACCCUGGUACCGUUGGUAUACUUCUUUAUUCAGCAUAAGGUCCAUAGAAUCCCUGGCGCUUACACAACUUAUGCUUUCUUUGAAUGGGCAUUAAUUCUCUUCGAUGUUGGUUUCGACGCUGUUACUGCCCUCGAUUUCGAGACAUUUGAAGUAGUUGUCAAAGACGUGAAAGGUCUCAGCAGAGGUGAUGCCAAACUGCUCAAAGAUUCAGUCAAAGAAAAGGGACGGGCAUCACCCUUCAUACAAACGUCCACCUUCGAAGGUCCGAACUAUUGGCCCGCCGUGCUUGAUGCAGCUGCCGACAUCUAUACCGGCUUUGUAUUUUGGUCCAACCUUACUUCUAUCGGACUGCUCGUCUGGUACUUUCCCCUGUGGCACAUGGGCAUCUCUGGGUACGAGGUCAUGAUCAUGGUGUCCGUCUCGCCUGUCUUUCUCGGCAUCCCUCUCGUUCGCUCCCUGGUCAUCAAGAAUAUUCGAUGGGUGCAUAUGUUGUCCUUAGCGGGGCUUCUUGCUUGGAAUGUCAAAGACCCUGCAAAUCGGCUGUUCACCGUCGGCUUCGCCAACUUCAUGGGAUGCUUGGCAUGGACUACUACGUGGUAUGCGGAGAGAAAGAACUCUUCACGGCUGCAGGCCAAAAUACUGGCCUGGGGUAUUGGCUUGAUCCUCUCAAGCAUAUCCAAAUUUGCCAAUGGCACCAACAAUCCCGUGUGGCCCAUCAUGAAUCCCGGCAACGGCGGGUGGAAUAAGACUGGUUUCCUCCUCGCAGUGGCUGCAGUCUGGACGUCAACUCGACAAGUCAAUACCAGCGGUGGAGACUAUGAACCUCCCCACGCCAGAAAGGGCUCGAGUGUUUUGGCAGGGCUCGGCAUAGCGGGUCUCGUAUUUGCGCUCCAGUCCCUCCUUUCGGAUUCUAGCACCAUGAUUCUGUGGGUCUGGGAAGGCUUUCCCGUCCAAGGCCCGAUAGCAGCACCACACGGUGCAGUGACCAUCCUGGCCAUGAGCGUCGGCCUCUUUCUCGGCGUCGCGUUGCCAGGUUUCUUUGGAUCUUGGACUGCAUUUGGGCUGGGUGCUGUAGGUGCCACCUUCCUUACCUACUACAGCAAUUGGACUGGUUAUUAUGGCGCACUAGUCUUGACAGUCUAUCUGUUGGGAGUUGCGCCGGUACUGAUCACCUCGGCCAUCCAGCACAAUCUUGCUAUCACCUUUGGCUUCGGACUAUUUGUGUACAAUAUCAUGUUGCUAUUCCAUGUCUGGGUGGUGGCAUAUGCAUUUGUCCCUGGUGGACCGCUUGUCCGGGAGCAUACGGACUGGGUUAUGAUGACAACCAUGCUGCUGAUUGGUGCCGGUGUCUUUUCAGCUUUAGUCACCAAUUCUGGUCGCCAGCAGAGGAGCAACGCCAGCGCUAGAGGCCGCAAGCAAUCCGCGUACUAUCUUCAUAUUCUUAUCGCCCUUCAGUUGCUAACAGCAUCGGUCGCUUAUCUACGGUUUCCCACCAACGAUUAUCAGGCGUACCACAGGGAGGAGAGGCUAAUGACAGCUGGUAUCUGGACUGUUCAUUUUUCACUAGAUAACGACAUGUGGUCAUCUGAACGACGGAUGAGAGAUGCAAUCAAGGAGCUGGAACUUGAUGUGGUUGGACUUUUAGAAUCCGACAACCAGCGGAUUAUUAUGGGCAACCGAGAUACCACACAAUAUCUUGCAGAGGACCUUGGGAUGUAUGUGGACUAUGGCCCGGGGCCAAACAAGCAUACAUGGGGAUCAGCAUUAUUAUCAAAAUUCCCUAUCCUCAACUCAACUCAUCACCUCCUACCGUCACCAGUGGGUGAGCUUGCUCCAGCAAUCGAGGCGACUUUGGACGUCUAUGGAACGCACGUUGAUGUGUUUGUCUUCCACUCUGGGCAAGAGGAAGACCCUGAAGACCGUCGCCUUCAAUCAGAAUACCUUGCAAAGGUCAUGAAAGCCAGCCCGCGGCCCGCGAUUCUCCUGAGCUAUUUGGUAACCAAGCCCAAGGAAGGCAACUACCACACGUACGUGGGUGAGAAGAGUGGCAUGCAUGACAUUGAUAGUCGGGACUGGGAUCGCUGGUGUGAAUACAUUCUUUAUAAGGACAUCAAACGUGUGGGGUAUGCCAGAGUGAGUCGUGGUACGAUUACAGACACGGAGAUCCAGGUGGGCAAGUUCGUGGUAGGAGAGGAAGUGUCAUAUACAGACGAGAGGAUUCCAGAGGAGCAGGUUCAUCCAGCACGAAGAUUUCCAGCGUUGUUCCGUGGAGAGGGUGUACGCGGCCAUCGAUAUCAUGUCUUUGAUGAGCCAUGGUAUUAUGCUUAG